CAGUUGACGUAGCCGCGUCGUCGACGUAACAAUAUGCUUCACGCUCUCGCGAUUCCGGUGUUCUGCAUCGCGACAUGGGUAACCGCGCUGAACGAUCCGUCAUCAGAUUUACCCAGGUUCGGCAAACCGUUGAACAACCUUACAGUCUCGGUGGGUCGCGAAGCCAUUUUCACAUGCAUCGUCGAGGCUCUCGGACCAUACAAGGUAGCGUGGCUACGAGUCGAUACGCAGACGAUUCUGACGAUAUCAAGUCACGUUAUCACGAAGAAUCAUCGGAUCGCAGUGACACACAUUGGCCAUCGAACGUGGUCUCUGCAUAUAAAAGAUACGCGCCAGACUGACAGCGGUUGGUACAUGUGCCAGGUUAAUACUGACCCGAUGUCCAGCAUCGUUGGUUUUCUCGACGUUGUUGUGCCACCGGAUAUCCUGGACUACCCCACCAGUACGGAUAUGGUGGUGCGGGAGGGUAGCAACGUGACGCUACGGUGCGCGGCGACAGGAACACCGGAGCCGACGGUCACGUGGCGUCGCGAGGCAGGCGGCACGAUCAGCUUGUCAAACUGGCACGAAGCGGCAAGUAUCGAAGGUCCGGAACUGGAAAUAACACGCAUUACGCGUCUCCAUAUGGGACCGUAUCUCUGCAUAGCAUCUAACGGGGUACCACCGACAGUCAGCAAGCGGAUCCUUCUCACUGUUCACUUUCAGCCUAUGGUUUGGAUCGAAAAUCAGCUAGUGGGUGCUUACGAAGGACAAAGCCUUACAUUGGAAUGUCAUAGCGAAGCUCAUCCUAGUCCUAUUACUUAUUGGACGAAACCAACAAAUGAGACUAUUGCUAACGUUCAGCCUAUGGUUUGGAUCGAAAAUCAGCUAGUGGGUGCUUACGAAGGACAAAGCCUUACAUUGGAAUGUCAUAGCGAAGCUCAUCCUAGUCCUAUUACUUAUUGGACGAAACCAACAAAUGAGACUAUUGCUAACGAAAUCGAUAAGCCCACUACGCGCAAACCAGGCAUGAGACGGGAGUCGAAGAAGACAUGGAAGACCGAUCACAACCAUGAAAAAAAAGCCGCUGGUAUGAAGGACGAGCCAAUGCUGAAAGGUGAUGAUAUUGGCGACGAGCAGAUCGAUUUUCAGUCGGCGACGGCCUCAUCGGCGUUUCAUCGCCAUUUGCUUACAAAUUUCGGAAUAACUGCCAUAACCGCGAUAUUGGUCGGUGGUUUAUCCACGCAGGCCACCGUUGUUCAGUAAAAACUAUACGUAAAGAAGAUUAAAGUAAUAUAGAAAGAGUCUCUGGAUGCGAGAUUAAACAUCGCGCGUGGCAAGCAUUGCAACGAAGUAAUGUCGAUAAGAAUAAUGCUGCGAAGGGUCGCUGUUCUUGAUAAAAAGUCUCUUCCUGUUGUACAUGAAAUUUGCAUAAAGUGGACGUAGAAUGAAGACCUGUUUUUAUAUAGAAGCAUGAAGGGUCCGAAGUAUCUGGUUGAUCAGAGUGACCGGGGUACUUCGUGAGGGAGCGUAAUUAACACAUUGCAAGCCGAACGUGUACUAAUAGACUUUCCUCUCUAUCUAAAGACGUAGAAAGCCACCAAUCUAUUAACCCCUUUACGCUGAAGGCGUUAGAGUAGCUGGCUUUUACCGUUCCCAUUCCGAGCGGUAACCUUGUUGACCUCGCCAUCACUUGAAGAAGAAAGUCUGUAAAUCAAAUAAAAAGGGUACAUAUUAUUUGCAAUCGCACUUUCUGAUAAGUUGUUAAAAUAAAUAUUUUUUAUUUGUUUUAUAUAUUUAUAUGUGUGUGUAUGUAAAUAUAAUAGCAUACAAAUUUUAUUUCAAUCUACUUAAAAAAAUCGCAUUAUUUUUUAUUUUCGUAUAAAAUAUAAAAUGUCUGGUCUUUGUAAUUUGAUCAAUCUUUAAAUUACGGUAAUAAUAUGGUUAUUAUGUUAUUAUUAUAUGUUAUCUUUUUUACAUACACACAUAUCGUAAGUAUUGAUGUAAAUGUAAAUAUAAAGAUAUAUCUUUCGUUACUUCUGCAUCUCAAAAUAUUAACAGAGCGUACAUAGCUUGCAAUUUGCUAAUAAUGUCUAAGUAUAAAGAUGAGUAAUGAAAGUACAUUGUGUAUAUGUGGAAUCCCAAAUAAUUUUUUACAAAAAGUUGUUUGUUAUUUUUUAGAACCUGCAAUAUCUCUAGCAUUAUAUUCGAAAGUUUAUUUUUUAUCAUGAAUACUGUAAAUGUAUUCCUGUUGCCUAAUUUCAUUUCAAUUCAAAUUAUAUAUUAAAUUUUUAAUUAUUUUGCUACGUUCUUCUGUUGUUAAAAAUGUACAUGUUAGAAAGUUAAUUGUGUCUUUUAUAGUAUGUAUCAAUAAAAAAUAAUAAAUACUUGUGUAUAUAUGCAGCAAGAAUAAUAAGAAAUUUGGAAUGAGAUGCAAUGGAAUUUAAUUAUUAGGAAGCUAAUAAUGUAUAAAUGAAUAUAUACUUUAAAUGGUAGAGUCUCCACAAUAAUGUUAUUAUAUAUUAUAUUAAAUUAUUUUAUAAAGCUAUUUGUGCAAUAUUUUUAUGACAGAUUCUACUGAGUUCCGUCUUGUUUCUUGGACACAGUAAUAAAAUACAUCGUAAAAAAAAGAUGUGCCUCAUAUUUUCAUCGAGAAGAGAAUUAUUUUGUUUAGGUAUGUCGCAAUAACUUUUAAACAGGAAGAGUUGGAUUUAUGAUGUUACGUUAUAAGUGGUUAUUUCAAUAAUUUAUAUGAUGGCCAAAAGAAACUACUUUAUUUUCCAUUUUUUAUAAAAAAAUGGUAUAUGUCUUUCUUAUUCAAGAAUACGGCAAUGUAAUGAUACUUUAUAAAACCUGCUUAUUGCAUUAUUAUAAAGAUUCUUUAGAUUUUAGAUGGUGUAUCAUUGUGAUAUCAAAGAAAUAUUAAUUAUGUUUCUUAUCGAUUUUAUAAUUAUAUACUUUAUUAUAUAAUUUAAAUAUAUAUACAUAUAUAUAUGUAUAUGUGAGAUUUUUUUAUAACAGCAAAAACAGAUUUAUCGCAUCAUAUAAAGCAUUAUAUUAUGACUAGAAUUGUAACACAUAAUUUUACAGUUACAUUUUAUAUUUAUUCUGUUGUUCGAAUAUGUUUCCAAUUUUUGUGUUUUCUGCGUGUUUAAGUAAAAUUCCUAACUUAAUGUAAUCAUUGCGUUUAUGUUACAGAAUGACAAUAAUUUUCUGAAAAUUUCCGUCAUUAACGGAAUAAUCAAUAAAGUAUUUUUAAUUCGAAUACCUCGAAACCAUGGAUAUGGUUAUAGUAAUAGACUUAUUACGUGUACUGUGUACAUAUAAUAUAAAUAAUAUACACACAUUUGUAGAAAGCAUCAACAAUGAAAGAGAGAAAGAAAAGGGAGAAGACAGAAUUUUUCUCAAGUUUUCAUGUAUACAAACUUUAGUUCUAGAUAAAUUGAGUGUUUUAGAUAUAUAAAAAUAAUGGUCAUACACACAUCAACGAACAGAGAUAAUAUCUUAACGUAAUAUUUUCUAAGUUGUAGAUCACAUAAAAUAAAUUAUUAUAAAAUUUACGAGUUUUUUACAAACAAAGCAUAUAAUGUUGCAAAGAUCCGUUAAUAAAAUCCAUUUAUAAAUUAUAAUAGGUCACUCUGUAUGUGUUUAAAUUUUUGGUUUAUAUAUGAAAUAUACAUAUGUAUAUUAAAAAUAUUGAAAUGCUAAAAUUUUGAAUAGGUUAAGACUAUAAGUAACGAUUUUAAGUGUGAAUAUGUGUAUUUUUAUGUGAGAUAUUUUUAUUAAUUUUAAUAGAUGUGUAUUAAAUGUAGGUAAAAAUAAGUAGACUCUGCUGUAUAACAAAUAUUAAUAAUAUACAUUGUAUAGAAAAAAUAGCGAAUAUACAAUAUUUUCAAUCGUUAAAGCAAUUUACCAAUGAUUUAUCAGUGGAGCUUUCAUUUUAUUUUCCUAACGAGUUUGUUAUCGACCAAUCACAUGUUUUGCUAAUCGAUUACAAAUUGCUAGUCAGGUUUAAAUUUUUGAAAUGGAUCCAUCAAUUUUGCGAUGCUGCUUGCAUAUGUUUGUGAUGACCGCAAAUGUGCUAUGUACAUAUACGUAGACGUGUGAUAACCGGUAAAUUAUUGUACGGCGUCGCAUUUCUUCAAUAUAUAGAGCUACUGGUAUUGUAUAAUAAUAGUAUGUGUACGAUAUUGUAGAAUAAGCCUCAGGGACAUGUAUAUAUGCUAAGCUGUAAGUUAUAUUAGUUUUUGCAUUUGUGUGUGGUCACAAUAACUCUUCCCUCCCAUGUAAAUAUAAUGUACCUUAUCGUGUACUUGGGCAAUAAAUGUUAGACAAUCGUGAUAAUUGUUCGAAUUGUUGUCUUUGUCUUGUGGCUCAUUUCAUCAUUAUUUUGUGCAUUGAGUCUCAAAAAGAAAUUUAUGAUAGCGCAAAUUUUAUUAAAUUGAUUUUA